AUGUACUCGGAGGAAGUCACCAAAAAUACUACAGAGGCAGCCAAGUUCUAUGCUGCUAAGGACUACGACCUGGCUGCCUCCAAAUAUGCUGAUGCAUGUGCUGCUUUUAACGAAGAGAAUGGCACAGAUGACGCAGAUUUGCUUCUUCUCUACGGUAAAGCUUUGUUCCAGAAUGGAGUAGCCAAGUCUGGCGUUUUAGGAGGCGCUCCUAAUGACCAGGAGGAAGAAAAGGAGGAAAAAGAAGAUGAAAAAGAAGAAGAUGGGAAUUUCCAGUUCGAAGAGGGCUUCGCGGAAGAGGAAGAGGAUGACGAGGACAAGGAGAACAAUGAGAUCAAUGAAGCUGAGAAUGGAGGUGACCACGGAUUGGUGGAGGCAGAUGAUCAAUCGGAUUUCGAAGCGGCCUGGGAGAUCUUGGACCUUGCCAGAUCCAUUUUCGCUGAGAAGGUCGAGCUGUUGGCAGCCGAGAAAGACAAGUUUACUGUACCAUACUUGAAGGACGACGAAGAACCCACCUCGGAGUACGUCUCUGCCUUGCAAAAGCUCUCAGAGACGUACGAUCUUCUUGGAGAGGUGUCCUUGGAGUCGGAGAACUUCCCACAAGCUGCAAUUGACUUGGAUAGCUGUCUCAACUUGCGCACACAGUUGUACGAUGCCCAACGGUCUGCGUUGGUAUCUGAAUCUCACUACAAGUUGUCAUUAGCGUUGGAAUUUUGCGUGGAGGACCCCAAGCUGCGUCAGAAGGCUGCACAGCAGAUGAAAUUGGCCAUUGACUGUGUAAAGACAAGAGCAAGUUCUCAGACAGACGAGUCUGCGAAAGCAGAGACUCGUGAGUUACUACGCGACCUUCAGGAGCGCUACAAGGAACUCGAAAAGGAUCCACAGCAAGAAAUCCAGGCCCAGCAGAUGGACAUGAUCAAGGGUUUGUUAGGCGAGGCCAUUGGCGGCGGAGGUGCUACAGACUUGACAUCCAUGGUGAAGAAAGCACCUACAACCACAGCUCCGGUCAAUGACUUGAGCUCGAUGGUCAAGAAGAGAAAAGCAAAACCAAGCACGGCAAAAGAGUCCAAGAAACCGCGCCAGGAGUAA